GCACAGGCUCUGGACGCGCAGGCUCAGCGGCCAUGGCUCACGGGCCCAGCCGCUCUGCGGCAUGCGGGAUCCUCCCGGCCCGGGGCACGAACCCGCGUCCCCCGCAUCGGCAGGCGGACUCUCAACCACUACGCCACCAGGGAAGCCCCUCACGAGUCUUUUUAAGGUAUCUUUCAUUCUUAAAAGCCUUCCGCUUCAGGGGCCGCCCGUCCAGCCUGACAUCUUGAUGAGGAAGAUACAACACAAACAGAAAGGUGGCUCCAAUCUCUUCUAGUGCCAUAUCUGUGUAGUGAGGUUGCUGCUCCUUCUAGGGACCCUGGGAAGUGGGCGCUCAGUUUCCAUGCUUUGUAGUAGUCCCUCGGUCUGACCCACAAGUCUUUUGCUACUGGUGUGUGUGUGUGCGUGCGCGUGUGCGUGUGCUCUCAGUGUCCAUGUGGCCAUGAACGUAAGCCUCUCGAUGGCUGUGGUGCAUUGUGGCAAGUCGGCAGCAUUUUGUUCUUUGUCAGGCCGUCUCCACGGAGUCUGUGUGUCUGCUGGCUAUGCUCAUCCUUAGCUCAGACUGUUGCUUACAUCCCUAGUUGAUUUGAAAAUAUCGACUCUGGUCCUGUCGAGUCCAGUGCGCUGUUGUUAAUAUCUGUCGUCAUCACAAACACCCUCCCUCCAGGCUGGCACGCAGAAACGAGUUUUAGCUGUUUGACUCUCUGUCUUCCGCAUUUCUCUUUUUUGUUGUUACAUAGUCUGUUCUUUCUGAAAGUCAUUCCACGAGAGCAGGUCUUUCAUCUGCUUUGGCUGGUCUCAAAACACUCUCUUCCAAUGUGAAGGCCUCAGCAACACGAGAAGGGGAAGGGGGUAGGAAGCUACCUGGAGAUCAGGCGGUGGGGGAUGAUUCCCGGAGCCCUGCUCUAGCAUGUUCUGUGCUUUCACCGCCACCAGGCUAUGGGCAGAGUGGGCCACCCAGGCUUCCGGUGUGGACGUGGUGCAUCGUCUGCCCCGAGGUCCAGAGGUGUGUCGCAGGAUGGCCACACUGGGCUCUGUGGGACAUCUAGAGUGGAUGUGUCUUUCCUGGGCAUUUUUGUCACCUCCCCUGCUGGACAGCCUCCUAAACUCCCCUCCCCCACUGGAGGUACCAUUCCCCUUCAGCCGUUUUUCGAACUAGAUGAAGGGUGGAUGCAUCAGCUGCCCUCAGUUCCACAGUCAGGUCUGCAGUGUCAGCCCCGCCAGGGUCAUUCUCCCUUCUCGGCAGUGUCUUCUUUUUUUUUAACUUAAAAAAAAAAAUUUAUUUAUUUUUGGCUGCAUUGGGUCUUCGUUGCUACGCUUGGGCUUUCUCUAGUUGCAGUGAGCGGGGGCUACUCUUCAUUGCAGUACAUGGGCUUCUCAUUGCAGUGGCUUCUCUUGUUGCAAAGCAUGGGCUCUAGGCACAUGGGCUUCAGUAGUUACGGCACACAGGCUCAGUAGUUGUGGCUUAUGGGCUCUAGAGUGCAGGCUCAGUAGUUGUGGCACAUGGGCUUAGUUGCUCUGUGGCAUGUGGGAUCUUCCCAGACCAGGGCUCGAACCCUUGUCCCCUGCAUUGGCAGGCGGAUUCUUAACCACUGCACUACCAGGGAAGCCCCUCUGCAGUGUCUUCUGCCUGACCCACAUGCCCUUGGUGUCCCGGUGUGGCCCCAUGGGAAGUGCCUUCUUUCUGUUGAGCCGAGGGCUGCACCGAGGUCUCUCACUCGUCCUGCUCACCUUUCAGAGCUGGUGGCAGCCGGUUGACUGCGUGAGGCCAGAGGCCUGCCUGCCUCUUGGUGCUGCACUGGUGGUCACACUGGGUUCCAUGCUGUGCAGCUGUUUCGCAGCCCCUCCCCCAGCCCCAGCAACCACGGAGCCACAGAUCUUUGUCUCUCCUGGACGCUUCAUAUCAGUGGAGUCAUACAAUGCGGGGCCUUUAGUGUCUGGUUUCUUUCACUGAGCAUGACGUUUUCCAGGUGCAUCCAGGUUGUAGGGUGUGUUAGGCUUUUUUAGGGUCCGUUCAUUCCUUUCUAUGGCUGAGUACUGUUCCAUUGUCUGAAAGCCCACGUUUGUUUAUCGACUGCAUAGUGGAUCUUAAGGUUCCCGAGUAGCAGUCAGUCCCUGUGAGAGUCUGCUCAGACUGUCGGUCAUUCUCUCAGGAGAACCUUCGGGAAUGGUUCGCGUGUGAUGUUAGCAGAGCCCCAGGCUCCUCAGAGGCUAUCCGAGGUUCAGAAUCCUUGUUUUAGGUCAUUCAUGCAGAACUUUACUUUCUAUUUACUGACAUACUUUUCUUUCCCUUUCCUAUUGUUGUAAUCACCCACAGCCAAAUCUUUGAAAGGGGGUCUCUGGGGAGAGAACAGUUGUGAGAGGGACACAUGGCAGUGGUCACUGCCAUGUGAGAUAAUCGGAAAGGGGCCAACUGGGCAGUAACCAGAAUUACAAGACGCUGUCAGGUUUGGCUUCACACAGUACACUCAAGGUAACAGUGGCUUGAGCACGUGAGGAUAUCUUUCCUGGCGUCAGAGACACCUGCAGGUAGGUGUCCAAGGUGGGCAUCGGGGCCGAAUCAGUCUAUUACAGAGCCUCUGGAGCCUCCCUCAGCACUUCUGCUCAUACCUGGUGGUUUGGUCUCCUCCAGCCACGAGCAGGCUGUACAUGGGCUGGCUUAACCCUGGGUGUUGCCUCCCAAAUCACACUGUGGUCUGCUGCUGACAAGCAAGGGGGCGUCUGGAGCACUCAAGCUGCAUUUCCUCUUCCUUCUGGCCGCAGGCCUGGGGCAAGUUGUCUGUCGUCCCAGGAGGCAUGAGAGUGUUCUCUCGCGGGCUGAAGAAGUCGUCCCAGGAGCUGUAUGGCCUGAUCUGCUAUGGGGAGCUGCGCAAGAAGAUCGGCGGCUGCAUGGAUGACAAGAACGCCACGAAGCUGAACGAGCUCAUUCAGGCUGGGGCCACCACAGUCCGGUACAAAGGGAGGAACCUGCGGAUCAAAGCGCCCAUGUGCCGUGCCCUGAAGAAGCUCUGUGACCCGGACGGCUUGAGUGACGAAGAGGACCAGAAGCCAGUGCGCCUGCCCCUGAAAGUCCCCGUAGAGCUGCAGCCACGGAACAACCAUGCCUGGGCCCGCGUGCAGAGCCUCGCACAGAACCCGCGGCUCAGGAUGAUCGUGGAGCUCCAUCGAAAGGUCUCCAGCCUCAUCGAGUUCCUGAAGCAGAAGUGGGCACUUCAUGAAGUGCGAGUUCGGAAGACGUUUGAGGAGCAGCUGCAGGACUCGUUCACGGAGCCGUUGCAGGAGAAGGUGGCACUGCACCUGUUCCCGGGGGAGAACUGCACCCUGACCCCGCUGCCGGGUGUGGCCCGAGUGGUGCACUCAAAGGCCUUCUGCACGGUGCACUGGCAGGAGGGCGGCCGGUGCAAGCAGAGCACCAAGGACACCCACACGCUGCCCCCAGCCCAGAUCCUGGGCAUCCAGAGCGGGCAGGGCACAGCCAGGGGCCAGCUGAAGUGCCCACGGGGCGGCGCCGAGGCCAAGGGUGGGGGGCGGCCCCCUCCCUCCACCGACGCUUUGCAGAGCUCCGGGGAGAGUUCCCCUGAAAGUGCCCCUGGGGAGGGGGCUGCUGCAAGUUUCAGCAGCCCGGACGCCUCCGACAGGCUUCCCCCUGGGCCCCAGGAUGCUGGGGGACGGCUUGAGAAGACCCCUGCGGCCGCUGCUGCAGAGGGUGGGGACGGCCCUGCCCGAGAGCCCGGGGCCCUGGUGUGUGCCUGCGGCCAGCUCCCAGACCUGGAAGAUGAGCUCUCCCUCCUCGACCCCUUCCCCCGCUACAUGAAGUCCUGUCAGGACCUCAUCAUCCCUGAGCAGUGCCGCUGCGCAGACUCACGGCCCUCAGGGUGCCCCUCCCCAGAGACCCUCGUCCCCAGCAGUGCAGAGGUGGCCGACCUCACCCGGGCCAGGGCACCAUCCCCUGUCCGCGUCCCGCCCGGCCCAGAGCCUCAGCCCAGCCCCGGGCUCCAGCCGGACGUUUGCACUAAAGACUUGGCGGACGCGCCUGCGGAGGAACCCCAGGAGAAGGCGAGCCCCUUGGACCCCCCGCCACCUCAGGGUCAGCCUGCCGCCAAGCCUCCGAAGGACGUCCCUGCCAGCCGGUUCGCCCAGCAGCUCCGCGAGGAGGGCUGGAACCUGCAGACCUCUGAAAGCCUCACGCUGGCCGAAGUCUACCUCAUGAUGGGCAAGCCCAACAAGCUGCAGCUGGAGUACGACUGGCUGGCAGUGCUGGGCCCUGAGGGCCAGCCCCCGGGAGGGCAGGCCCAGGGCUCCCGCGCCGGCUCCCCGCCUACCACCUUCCACAAGCAGCGCCUCCUCAGCUGCCUCCUGAAGCUCAUCUCCACGGAGGUCAACCCCAGGCUGGCUCCAGAAGCGAACACUGGCUCCACGGCCUCAGUGAGGCCCGCCCAGGAGGAGCAGUCGACCACGCCCCCGGGGAAGGUGGUGACUGUCAGCUCCCGCAGCCCACGCUGCCCUCGAAACCAGGCUGCCCUCCGUCACGGCAAGACCUUCUCUCCCAGCUCCGCACCUUGCUCCUCAGGUUUGAGAAACCCCCCGAGGCCCCUCUUGGUGGCUGGUCCCUCCAGUGCCGGAAGCAGUGACUCAGAUGGUGGCCUUUUUGCCGUCCCGACAACGUUGCCGCCCAACAGCCGACACGGGAAGCUCUUCUCUCCCAACAAGGAAACAGAAUUGACUUUCCGUCAGCAUCUGAACUCCAUCAGUAUGCAGUCGGAUUUCUUCCUGCCAAAGCCCAGGAAGCUGCGGAACCGGCACCUGCGGAAGCCGUUGGUGGUCCAGAGAACACUGCUUCCUAGACCGUCUGAAAACCAGUCCCACAAUGUCUGUUCCUUCUCCAUCCUGUCGAAUUCUUCCAUAACUGGGAGAGGCUCCUUCCGGCCCAUUCAAUCCUCCCUGACCAAAGCGGCUCUGUCCCGGCCGAUUGUGCCCAAGGUCCUGCCACCCCAGGCCCCAGGCCACCUGGCCAGUGCUAUCGACUUAGCAGCUAAAAGCGCCGGCAUCAUCCCUGGAAGCCCCCUCCCUGUCCUGGAUGCCGACGGCUUGUCUGGCAUCUCCCCGCUGUCUUCAGAUGAGGUGACGGUGACUGUCUCGGGGCAGGACUCCACCGGCACCCACCAGAAUGGAGACCCCAUCCCCGCCGUAGGGGGCACAAGCGACCCGUUCAUCAGUGUCCCCUCGAGGCAGGAGACGGUGGCAGACAGUUUCCAGUAUCUGUCUCCGCAGAACUCGCCCGUUCUCUCCUUAUCCGAGCUGUCCAAGGCUCCUCUCCACAACGGGCUCUCCACACCGUUGCCCUCGUCGGAGGCCUCCAGCACCCGGCUCUCUCCGCCCAACGUCUCUGCUCUGCUGGACAUCUCCCUGCCCGGCCCGCCCGAGGACGUGCUCUCACAGGGAGAGCCCGCCACGCAGAUCAGCGACUCCAUCAUCGAGAUCGCCAUCAGCUCUGGCCAGUACAGUGAAGGAGUCCCUCUUUCUCCAGCAAAACUGAACGGCAGUGACAGUUCCAAGAGUCUCCCUUCCCCGUCCAGCAGCCCCCAGCCAGACUGGAUCGCCUCCCCGACCCACGACCCCCAGUGGUGCCCCAGCGACCCCACGGACUCCUCACUCAGCAGCUUGUUUGCGAGCUUCAUCUCCCCAGAGAAGAGCCGGAAGAUGCUUCCAACCCCCGUUGGGACCAACAGCGGCACCUCCCUUCUGGGCCCCAGCCUGUUGGAUGGCAACUCUCGCGACUCGUUUGUGUCCCGGUCCCUGGCUGAUGUCGCCGAGGUUGUGGAUUCCCAGCUGGUGUGCAUGAUGAACGAAAACAGCAUUGAUUACAUAUCCCGGUUCAACGAUCUGGCCCAAGAGCUGUCCAUCGCUGAGCCUGGCCGCCGAGAGGUUCUGUUUGAUGGCGGUGGAGGUGGCCCCCCGGUCGGUGACCUGUCCCAGUGACUGUGCCUCACAGCUGGGGCAGCCCGGAGGCUGCGGAGGACAGCUUACAGGGUUGGUGGUCCUCGAGCGCCGUAGGGGUAGCCCUCUUUAGAAGAGAGAAAACAUAAAUCAAGCCCAGACUCCCAAGAGACAGUCUGAACAGAGGCACCUCUGCACCCAGAACGUGCAACAUGCAGACAGCCAUGUCCCAGCAGGCCGAGGCAGUGGUGGCCAGGCGAUGAGGGAGCGUCCUCGGCAAGGCCAGUGUCAGAUGUGGCCCUGGCAUCGGAGCCACCCCCUGCCAGGAGCAUGUGUUAGGGUCUGCGUGGUACCCACGCUUCUGCCUCGGUCAUUGUGUCAGACGUUCCAGGGCGUUUUCUUUCUGAGAGAAAGGAGUGGUGGGCCUGGCCGUCGUCGUUAUGGCCUGGGAGCUGUGACCUCCCACUCUCUGCAGGGAGGCUCCAGGGCACUGCUGCCUUCUUUGCGCCAAACCCACUCCCUGCUCUGGUUUUUCCCUCUGCAGUGCGAGGACGGGGAGGACAGCUGGGCAUGACCUGAGACAGCGGACACUGCAGAGGACAUUCCAGUCACGGGGCAGUGGGAGGGUCCCAGGGCAGCACAACUGGUGCCACCUCCCCAGAAAUCCUGACCAUGGCCUAGUGCUUCCUCAUCUGGAGCUUUUGUUCUGACUGACUCAACAGGAAGGGGGAAAAGAAUCAUGUCUUAUGCGGGUUGUGUGGACUUUUAAAAAAAUCCCGCUAAGCUGGUCAGAAAAUGUUUUUCUCGUAUUUUGAGAAUUAGGAGACAUUGGAGAGGAAGAACAGGGUUCCUGUUUAGUUGGUUUCUUCCCCGCGUCUAUCUGCAAGUUUCUUCUCGGUGAUCUGAGAUGUUAUUUCUCUCUAUUAGGGUGAUCCCCAAGCUCUCAUUUGACUACAGAUAAGACUUUCCUGAUGAUCUUGAACUUCUAACAUGUUCCUGCCUAGCAUUUUGGACAGAUGCCAUUUGCAGGGAAAGUUCUGUCUUCCUUUCCUUGGCAUCAGUGCAGAGUAUGCCCCAAUGCAUAUGUAUAAUCCCUUGCUUGUAUAUCUGCCUCAUGGUCUCCUGUUUCUCUUCCUCCUGUUCAGGGAAUCCAGGCAAGGGUCAGACAUCACGUGCAGUCAGGGUGCGCUGAACCCACAUCUCUCUGGUGUGCUCCUUGAGCCUCCUCGGAUGACCAGCUGUCACCAUCUCGGGUAGUGCAACAUCCAGUCUUUCCUCAGAAUGGAGUUAACACAGCUCCUCUGCCUUCUCAAUCUUGCAGGGCCAAACACACAAACCACCAUCCAGGCACACCCCGUGUGGCUGGGCACCAGUGCUGUGGUGUUGGGGCACCACCCCACCUGCUGCUUACCCCUGCCUGGCAGUCGCAGUCAGUGUGGCUUCUUGAAUCCGCCCCAGCCCACUACUGUUAGUGUUCAUCACCUUGCCUCUCUCCCAGCUCACUGUGGACCGGCAGCCUUCGAGGCCAGCUGGGCCCUCUCCUCUGGUUCCUCCCCCUGCCCGCCCGCCCCCUCCACCCCCCCGCGAAGAGAUGAGCCAGUGUGCAAGGAGAGGGGAAGGUCCUUCGCGAGUACAAGCAGAGGGGCCGCUCUUGAUCCUGCCGCCUCCCCAGCGUGGUCGGCUGCUCCAGGCUGCAGGCCGGGUUGUCCCCUCCAAGCCACGGAGGAAGCAGGACAGUGGCUUCCAGGCGGUAGCUUCCUUCCUUCCUCUCCAGCUUUCCUCAGAGCUCUUGCCUGUCACGUGGCCUCCCUCUUUCAGAUCUGGAUUUAGGCACAAACAUCACUAAGAAAAGCCUGUGUGGGCAGCCCUCCUGAGCUCUUGAGAAAACAGUCCCAAAGCUCUGGAGGUCUGAAAGAAAGGGAUGUGGUACCACUUUAAGAGAGAUAGACAGCAGUAUUUGAGUCCAGAGUCUCUUUAAACUAGCUUGUGUUUUGUGAUCAAUGUAUCAGCUUCCUGAAAUUAGCACCUUAUUGAGCCAAACAAGAUCAGUAGGUCUGUCUCUGGGCAUCCGACCCGGUUAGAUCCACAGUGGAUCAGGCCAAGGUUAGGCCACUGCCAGCUUUCUUGUAUUCCCACUGUCUGGGACCAGAGAUGCCAAGUAGCAAUACCGCAUCAAUGCCGGGGGCAGUGCCCAAUGGCAGUGGGCACUGCGCCAGGGACAGUAGCGAUCCCGAGCUGCUUAUCCAUCAGGGGACACCCCACAGUAGUCUGGUUGGUAGGUUGGCACCUGUCACCUGGUGGACGUCCAGCAGGAGGAAAACUCUGGAGAUCUGGAUAAGACUUUGUCGGCCCUUUAUUCAGCAGCACCUCCCUCUUGGGUCUCCCGCACAGACUUCAUUUGGGAGUAGCUGACUGGCCAGUGUCAUCCAGUGGGGAGGUGAGUUGUGGAGGAGGGUGGCUGACUCUUCUCAUCUGUAAUAAAGCUGACAUUUCAGAGAACCCUGCUUCUCUAGCAACCAGACAGGUAUAAACAUUUGCUUGCCAUAUUAAGGAAAAACGGUGUCAUCUGUAGCAUUAAAAUGAUGGAUGCCUUUUCUCCCAGCCUAAAUGAUUAUAUAUGUAUGAAAAUAAGCAACUUAUGUUAAAGGCUGGAAUUUUUCAAAAGACCCAAGCAGAGACGCCUCCCACUUCUGCGUCUCCCUCUGCCCUUCCAGCGGAAGUUGUGAUGGUGUCAGUAUACACCUGUGGCUUCCUUUGUGCAUUUGAGCAUGUUGUGAUUAAGACCAGGUCAGUUUCUCAGAAAAAUCUUCCCCUAGUCACUCUAAGGUUGUCAGGGAUCUUUUUGCUGAUUCAUCUCUUCUAAAGAUUGAGACUGAAUAUCUUCGGUCUCAAGGGAGUUGUUUUUGCCUUGAUUCUUCAUUGUGAAUAUCCAGUGAUGAGCAUUCCAUUCUUCAGAAGGUACAGAGGCAAGUUGAAGUUCGUGAUUCCACAUAAGGUUCGUGAUGGCAUUUUUCUCAUCCCUCUGUGUCUUCUGGGCGUAGGGUACUUGCUCAGGGAGUGGGGGUAUUUGGAACCAUUUCAUUGGUUGAUCCACUUGCUUUCCCACCUCAGUCCCAUUCUCUAGCAUUCUGUAUCAUAGCCUCAUUACUGGUGGUGUCUUUUCAGUUUAAUAGCAUCUUUAACUAGAUCACACCAUUGAAUCCAAACGUGUGCAAAGAACAGUCAUAGAAUGAAAGACACUUGAAACAAGUGGAGGAGGAAAACAGCAGUUGCUUUUUCUUUUUCUUUUUCUUUUAACAUUGAGAUCUAUCAGAUGCAUUUAGGAGGUAAUAUGGCACUUUGUCUUAAGAAAAAAAAGAAAGAAACCCACAGCAAACCUUUCCUGACUUGUCAAAACUCUCCUAAUCCUACAGUAACUUGUAAGUCGUGUUAGGUGAGGUAAGUCUUGGAAGCACUACAGUAGCCCAUGCCCUUUGUUCUGUAACAGGAUAACCGGAUCUAGAGCUUCUGGGCAGCAGAACUUAUUGCUGUUUUUUAUAAUAAUCGUUAAGCCAUAUCAUCUAAGGUUUUCGGCUUGUUUGAGAUGUGAAUUUGUUUUAUAGAUUAUAAAUAUACAUAUACAGUGUAUGUAUAAAGCAGAAUGCCUGUCCUUCCUGAUUAUUUUUUGUACCAUAUUGUAAAUUAUAUUAUUUAUUCUUUACCAAUUUUGGGAAUAAAAGGUGUUUGGUUAUUUAAUAUAAUAAACAAAAGCUGUUAAACUUCUUAUGUUUAAAUUUCCAGUUCAACUUGUAAA